AUGGGAGGGAACAGCUCCAGGGAGGAGGCGGGGAGGAGAUCGAGGUCCGGCUCGUCGUCGUACGGCUCCGCCGGCGGCGGCUACGCGCAGGAUCCGCCGCCGUGGGCGACGCCGUCGUACGGCCACCGCGGGUACCCGCAGCAGCCGGUCUACCAGAGCCACAAUUCUCGCGACGGCGGCUACUCCCACCCCCGCAGAGACAGCUACACUCCGCCGCAGACACCACGGGCGGCGCCGCCGUCCAACGCUCGGCGCAGGCUCGAGCGGAGGUAUUCCAGGAUCGCAGACGAGUACAAUUCUCUUGAAGAGGUACAAUCCCUCUCUCUCUCUCUCUCUCUCUCUCUCUCUCUCGCUGUGGGAUUAACCAGUCCGCCAUUUUUCCCAAGGCUUGAUUCCCUCAAUGCCCUCUACCUGUUUGAAGAAUUUCAACAUCCUGCCUCAACCCAGACACAGAAAAUUGAAACUUUUCUAUAAAAGAACACCAAGAUCAGAAAUUUUCGGAUUGGUUUGACCAAUUUUCUGAUAACCAGAGGGGCCGAUUCUUCUCAAUAAAUUACAGAAAAAAAAUGGACAACUUUGAGACCUUUUUUCAAUAACUUUGGGAUAAAUCUUCAGGUCACCGAGGCGCUGGCGAGAGCCGGGCUGGAGUCUUCGAAUCUCAUCGUGGGCGUUGACUUCACUAAGAGCAACGAGUGGCUAGGUUUGACCGGGCCGAGACAUCCGGCAUGCCGUGCCCACCCCAGAUGGGGAAAGACCCUUCUGAUCCCAUUUUGCUUGCAGGGAGAAACUCCUUCAACCGUCAGUGCCUGCACAGCAUCGGGGAUGUCCAGAACCCCUACGAGCAGGCGAUUUCGAUCAUCGGACGGACGCUCUCCGCCUUCGACGAGGAUAAUCUGAUCCCCUGCUUCGGCUUCGGCGAUGGUAAAACCAGGGAUUGAAAGAUUUCUUUUUUUCUUCUUCUUAAUUAAUGAUUCGGGGAUGAAUUGGCGCCGCUCAUCUUCUUGAAAAAAUGGCAGCGACGACGCAUGACCAGGAUGUCUUCAGCUUCUUCCCUGAUGAGAGGUCUUGUAAUGGCUUCGAGGAGGUCCUGUCCCGGUACAGGGAGAUCGCCCCCCGGCUGCGGCUGGCCGGUACCAUCCUCUCUCUCUCUCUUUCCCCUCUGGUUUGUUCUUGUGGCCAUGGAGAGAGGCCGGCAUGGUUGACUUUUCCUCCCUUCCUUUUCUGCGGCAGGCCCCACCUCCUUCGCCCCGAUCGUCGAAAUGGCGAUGACCAUCGUGGAGCAGAGCGGGGGGCAGUACCAUGUCUUGCUGAUAAUCGCCGACGGGCAGGUGAGAGAGAGAGAGAGAGAGAGAGAGAGAGAGAGAGAGAGAGAGAGAGCACCUCCCCUUUCUGAAGGGGCCGUGGUUGACUUUUCGGGUGAUGCCGGAUGGUUGCAGGUCACACGGAGCGUCGAUACCUUGGACGGUCAGCUGAGCAUGCAGGAGCAGAAAACCGUCGACGCCAUUGUGAGGGCCAGGUACACUGGAGCUCUCUGGGCUGACUUUCAGAUCACAAGAGGAGGAAAUGGAAGGGGGGGUGGUUCUCGUGUGCUGACUUUUCGCUUUUGACUUGUCGCAGCGGGUUCCCACUAUCCAUUGUCUUGGUUGGGGUCGGGGAUGGGCCGUGGGACAUGAUGAGGGAAUUCGACGACAACAUCCCCUCCCGGGCAUUCGACAAUUUCCAGGUGAUCAGAUCAAUCAAUUCAACCCCUCGUUCUUCGGAGUUCUCUUUCUCCACUUGCUGAAUCGGCCCGUUGACUUUCGUUGCAGUUUGUGAACUUCACGGAGAUCAUGUCGAAGAGGAUCCCCCAGCUGAAGAAGGAUGCGGAGUUCGCCCUCUCGGCCCUGAUGGAGAUACCCUCCCAGUACAAGGCUACACUGGAGAUGGGGUUCCUCGGGUAAUUCUAGUGUUUCUAUACAGCUUGCCCAAUUGGGGAAGCUCUGUGAUCUCAAUGAGUUGUUCUUUCUCCUUCAGCCAGUCAACGGGGCAAGCUCCCGACCGGGUUCCGCUCCCGCCGCCGUCCAUGGUGGCGGGUUUCGGCGGCUCGAAGACCUCCUCUCGGUCCACCAGCUUCCAGCUGCGGGCCGCACCGCCCGCCACACCACCGCCCACUUCGAGCUCCCCUUGGGAAACUAAUGUAAUCCUCCCCCGCCCCUCCUCUCCUCCAUUUUUCUUCUGCAACUCCCUGAAUUUUACCUUUUAUGGUUAAAAAAUAUGCAUGAUUCAUAUGUAUAUAGAUUUAGUUUAUUGAAGACCUUGUGACGUGCGCCUUUCCUGUGAUGGGUAUUGUUCUUUCUUGGACAGCUCUGCCCCAUUUGCCUGGCCUCCCAGAAGAACCUGGCGUUUCAGUGCGGCCACCAGGUGAGACGACGAACCGACGUGUUCUUUCUUCCUUGAAGUUCCGGGUAGUCAGAGCUGAAUUAAUUCUUCAAAACAAAAAAGAGAAAAUGUUUGAUUUUUCAUCGGAAAUAGAGAAAUUCUGAAUGAAAAAGCUCGAUUAUUUCUGGAGAAUUUCUCUCUGCAUUUCCUGUUCCUGCAUGUUAGAGAAAUUAAGGAAAUCUUACCAAGAUAAUGCUCAGCAUUUUAUGAAAUUUUUUGGAAUUUCUUGAAAAAAAUGUGCAGAAAUUUCGGACGAAUUUUCUCCCCAGAUUUCGUGUUCCUGGGUUCACGUUAGAAACCUACAAGUUUUUUAAUUUCUGCAUUAAAAUGCCGAAGGUUUUUGGGCGAAUUCUCCUCGAUAUUUUCUGUUCCUGCUCAUACGAACUCCAUAAAUCCUGCAAAAAAAAGAAGAGGAAAAAGUGAUCAUUUUCUCGGACGAUUCUCUCUCUAGAUUGUCUGCUCAUGAUCACUUGAACUCUAUAAAUUCUCUCUCUCUCUCUCUCUCUCUCUCUCUCUCUCUCUCUCUCUCUCUCUCUUGACUUUCUCUUCCUGGGGCAUUGGAACCGAAGAAGUCCCACGUAAAAAAGGGAAAAAACGCUCAGUUCUCCGGGAACAAGGGAAAGAAAACCCCAAUUUUUUGGGGGGAAUUUCGAUCGCAAAUUGGAUUAUUUAUAUUUAUUUCUGUUUUUUUUCAGACGUGCUGCGAUUGCGGAGAGAACCUGUACUCUUGCCCCAUCUGCCGAGAGGACAUCCACACGAGGAUCCGCCUGUACUGA